ACUUGACCACGCUGAAAACGUCCGUAAAUAGCUCUCAAACGUGAUAAUCGGAUGCAGUCGAUGUUCUGGAAAUAGAAAUUCUCGUCUCUUAAACAAAGCCUGCGAUGUCCUGUCCUUGUUUCCUAAAAGACCCUGGCUCGGGUAAUUGCACAUGUUCAACACAUCCAAUGAACGACCGACUGCACUGCACAUAUACAAUUUCGGCAGUAUGUUUGGCAAUCGCAAGAUUAUCAAAGGGGAAGACAAGAUCACAACUUUAUAUUUUAUGCAGAACACUCGGUGUUCGAUGUACUGGACUUUUGAUCUGCACGCUCGUGGCCCAGAUGGUCCCCUGCUUUGUCGAGCUCAGUCUUCGUACAAUGGACCACCACUGUUGGAUGAAGUCAACCAUGGGCCUACUAUUUUAUCCAUGACUGGUGUCAAACAGCCGAUCAAGAUGGAGAGGAAACGUGGGGCCUUCAAUGGAACAGUUUUCUUCAAGGGUCCCGAUCAUGAAGAGUAUCGCUGGCAAACGACCACAGGGCUGUUUAGUACUGCGAUGGAGUGUUUGAAUGCCGAGAACGUUAUCGUAGCGACAUAUCGUGUUACAUCCAUGUCGUUGACAAAGGAUGGUGUUCUUGUAGUUCAACCCUCAGGGAAGUUCAUGCUGGACCUGCUCGUAGCUACCAGCCUUGCGAUGCGCACGCCCAAUAACUGAAGUAUCUUUCGGAUACGACCUUUUUUGCCUCUGCUCAGAGGAACCAUUUCUGAUGCAUAUGGU